AACGGUCGCAAAAAACGACAGAGAACCCAAGUCUUGAGCAGCUUUUCUUGAAGAUGGCUUCCCGACGGUGGCAAAACACGAUAGAGAACCCAAGUCUUGAACAGCGUUUCUCAAAAAUGUCUUCUCAAAGGUGGCAAAAAACGACAGAGCGCCAAACUCUUGAGCAGCUUUUCUCGAAAAUGGCUUCCCAACGGUGGAAAAACACGAUAGAGAACCCAAGUCUUGAGCAGCUUUUCUCAAAAAUGUCUUCUCAAAGGUGGCAGAAAACGAUAGAGAAACCAACUCUUGAGCAGCUUUUCUCUAAAAUGACUUCACGACGGUUGCAAAACGCGAUAGAGAACCAAACUCUUGAGAUCAAAAUCAUAUCAGCCAAUGAUGUCAGAUAUAUCGAUGGUAAGGACAAGAUGGACGUGUAUGCCGUCGUUUCAAUGAAAGACGACUAUACUCAAACGAAACAAGCGGCCAAAACACCCAUUGACUACGAUGGUGGUUGCAACCCGACUUGGAAUCACACCGUUAAGUUCUCCGUCAACGAGAAAGCAGCUGGUGAAGGCCUAUUGACCGUUAACGUCAAGUUAUAUAGCUAUUGGCUCGAAGGAGAGGAUGAUCUUUACUUGGGAGAAGUCAGCGUGUCUCUCCAAGAGCUUCUUGCCUACAAUCCGCUUCCACCAUUUGCUAACGGUAACGUCAAUAAAAUGAAGUUGGUGACUUAUCCUAUCAAAACCAUAGAGGAAGCAAAACGAAAUGCAAAGCUGAGCUUCUCAUACCGGUUCAACUCGGUUAAAGAUAUUUAUCCAAAUCCGGGUCCAACGGGAUCAUGUCAGCCAGUCAUAUAUUCACCUCAAUUACAUACCACCACGGUGACAAAACUAACCUUAGAGCUCGUGAUCAAAUGUGCCAAGGACAUAGAGAAAGUCACCAAUAUCCUCGACGAGAUGGACGUAUAUGCUUUGGUUACUAUCCGUGACGGACGAGAAGUCUCUGCCUGAAUUCAACCAUCGCUUUCUUUUCAACUUCCGUUAAGCACAUACAGGUCGUUGCAAAGCAUCUUGGUACCCAAAGGUUAUGCUGGAUCUUUAUUUCCAAAUUUAGGCAUCUCAGGUCUUUCUUGCUUUCCAACUCAUUUGAGAUUCACAUAGUCUCGUUGGCAAGCUUCUUCGGUAGUUCAGAGUGCAGGGCAUUCUGCAUGGCGAAUUCUCUUGAGUUUUCAUCACUCAAAGUCUUCUCCGACAAUUCAACGCUCAUCAGAGCUAUCUUCGGCAACAUCCAGUCCAAAGAAAUCAUCGGAAUCGUCUCAGACAUCCGCUCGAUCUCCUCUGGUUUUGCAACAAUCGUGUUUUCUCGCUUCUUUAGAUCGGAAAACUUGUUUGUCUACAAUUUAGCUAAGCAGGCUUUACAGCCUUUUCUUCUUUGUACUGAACUCUUUGGGGUUAAGCCAUCGUUUUAGGCUUCUCUUCUUUCUAUUUUAAUGAAAAUUUCUGUGACAAAAAAAAAAAAAAAAACUAUCCGUGACGGUAAGAAAAGUGUUAAGCAUAAGAGCAGUACGCCUGCUGUUUUCUGCGCCUAUCAAAACCCAAAGUGGGACCACGCCGUUGAGUUCUCCCUCGACGAGCCGUUAGCUAGAGACGGGAGUUUGACCCUAUUCCUUGAAUUGAUGAGUCUCCGACCUUUCUUGGGAGACAAGCAAAUAGGACAUGUCAACGUCUCGAUCCAGGAGCUUUUACGUUUGAAACUGCCGUUAACAAACGGUGAUAGUAACGAUAUGAUGUUAGUGACCGAGAGUGUUUCAGGUUCGUAUGGCAAAAAAGGAACGUUGAGCUUUGCUUAUAGGUUUCUUGCGGAACAAGUUACACUUCUCAAGCCAUCACCAUCCACAAACCGUCUACCCGUCUCAUAUCAGACACAACAACAACAAUCCCAACCACCACCACAGAACUCGCAGUAGUCUAGACCACAACAUGAUACACAUUCACAUCCAUAUCAGUCAAAUGGAUACCAACAACAUUCACCACCCGAACCACUACCACAACAUCAGUUCCCGAGACCACUUCAAAAGCCGACACAAGCACAGGCGCAAUCCACGACCAGAAGUGUAUCCGCAAGAGGAUAGCAUCGCAGAGAUAGGAUUAGGGAGGUCGGUUUUGGGACGAGUAAAAGAUGGAGAAUAAGUAGCAUGAUUCGAUGAAGUGAAGAUCGUUUAUUUGUGUGCAAGUUAUUAUGUUUUCUGGUUGGAACUUGGGUUGUCUUGUGACUUCUUAAUUUGAUACUUGUGUCCUCGCUUGUUUGCUUUCACAUGGGAAUUUGUAAUACGAAAUUUUCCUUCGGAGUUGAUAUGUUGUAUUCAAGUUCAACACACUAAUCCCCAUCUAUACCUAGAAUGAAUCUAGUGAGUGCAUAUCGAAUAUAAAGUAAAAUUCCCUUGCUUAUGGGGCAAUGCCAUAAAAUUUUUAAAAUUUAUAAAAAAAUCACAUUUUGUUCUAUUAGUAUUGGAUCAAAAUAUAUUAAAAAUGUAUCAACUAUUCCUAAAUUUAUUUUUAUAAUAAAUUAUACAUUAACCCAAAUCAAUUGUAAAUAUUAAAAUCACAAAUAAAAAUUUAUGAAAAUUUUAAAUAUUU